AGAACGAUGAUGAAUACAUGUACUAGCAAGCAUAGUUCACCAAUAACUAUUUCUGAAGUAUCAUCCAUAAUGUGUGUGAUGGUCCGUGUGUGUUGAAAAUGUAUGAAACUAAUUAACGUCUUUUCAAGCAUUUGGUGGUACUAAAUGGUGGAUCCGAAGCUACAAACCUCAUCACGUGAUCAGUAAAAAACAGGCUGCAUUUCGCGAACUGCUUCAUGAAAUGUAAGGCCUACAGUUUGAACUAUAAUGCACCGAGGACAUCGCGCCGCGUGUAUUAUAAACUGUGCACAGUCUAUUCAGAAACGAAUACUGCCGUAAAUCUGUGUAUGCAGAUAGGACAUGAACCGAUUUUGGAUGGCAUCGUAGCUGGUUUGAAAAGACUGUGAAACCCGUCAGCUAAGCAUCUGCUUGCUACCAUCAUGGACUUGAAGUGUAGCCUUUGUCGGCCCUCCCGUACUCAAUGGCGAUGGCUCAUCCUAGUUGCAGCCCAUCUUUGUCUCCUGUUCGUUGAUGGGAUCUCCAACUGCACGGGAAUAUUCAUUGUCCACUGGCAACAUCACUUCCAAAAACAAACAAUCAGAAAAAGGGACAUUUUAAGGACGGAUUUUAGGAAUUCAUGAAGAGCAGACAUAUCUCACCAAUCCACUAAUGCGAACACUGUGAAACCCGUCAGCUAAGCAUCUGCUUGCUACCAUCAUGGACUUGAAGUGUAGCCUUUGUCGGCCCUCCCGUACUCAAUGGCGAUGGCUCAUCCUAGUUGCAGCCCAUCUUUGUCUCCUGUUCGUUGAUGGGAUCUCCAACUGCACGGGAAUAUUCAUUGUCCACUGGCAACAUCACUUCCAAGCAUCCACGGCAGAGCUGAGCACGGUUCUUAGCAUACAGAUGGGAGCUUAUCAUUUUGCAGGGGCAAUUUCUGGAGCAGCCAUUCACAAACUUGGUGCUCGUGCUGUUACUAUCAUCAGUGGUGUCAUCAGUACAACAGGUCUUAUUCUGAGCAGUGUGGCGCCCUCUCCGUGGGUCCUAUACAUGACUGCCGGACUUCUUGCAGGUGUUGGUUACGGUUCUGCACUCAAUGCUAUCACAGUCUGCAUCGCUGAAUACUUCACCAAAUACUACGGAAUCGCUCAGAGCAUUACCAGCGCGGGCUCAGCAGUGGGCAUAGUCGUGAUGCCACCCUUAACCCAGUACCUGACGACAAAAUACGGCUGGAGAGGAGCGUAUCUGGUACUUGCUGGAUUGCUGGCCAACUCUCUGGUCUGUGGCAUGUUGCUUCGUCCCGUCUCGAGUUUCCCGCUCGAAGUCGAUAAGCAUGACCGCAUCCCGCCAAAAGAGGACGCUUUAAAGAAAGACGUAAUGACUCAGUUUGAAGGAACUGAUGACGAGGAUGACGAUAAAGAUGAUGACGGCAUUGACCGGGCGGAUUUGGACGAUUCAUCGUCACCACGCAAGCUAACUGAGAAUGAUAGCGAAAUAAGAGACAGUAGGCUUACGAGUCAGUCCCAUCAGGACGAGUACCAAAGGUUGAACAAAAAACGCACUUCUCGUCUGCAGAGUCUGGGAGGAGUGACCGGAGCCUCGCUCUUGACCAAGAACUACCGCUUUAGUCUUGUUGUGUUCGUCACAUUCUUCGCUGGUCUCUGCAUGGCUGCCGUCAUGACGCAUCUUGUACUGAGCGUGGUGGAUCGAGGGAUCAGCGAACAAGCCGCAUCCUUUUUGUUGUCUUUCUUUGGGAUCGGAAACCUUAUCGGGAAAAUCAUAUCGGCUUUCGUACUGGGCAGGAAAGUGAUCAGCGCCACCAAGUUAUUUGGUAUCGCCCUCUUUGGUUGGGGAAUCUCGACCAUGUUGCUUCGAGCUCCGACGACGUACUCUUGGUUUAUCAUAGUAGCGCUAUCGGUUGGAACCUUUAGCGGUAUAGACAUAUGCACGGCAGCAAUUGUCCUCAAGGAGGUAGUCGGAGUCGCAAAAUUAGGACGAGCCUUUGGAGUUCUGAUGGUCUUCACUGGCACAGGAUGUCUUAUUGGGCCUGUCCUAGGAGGUUGGAUAUACGAUCGCACCAACAGCUUCGAUAUAUCUUUCUUCUUAUUUGGAGCGCUUCUCGCCACAUCCUCAUUCUCUCUCCUCCUAUUUGGAAAACUGAAGAAGCUUGAAGAGCGCCAUCAGCGGCGAUUAGGGAAUCGGACGAUUUCUCCAGAGGGUGAUGUUGAGUGCGAUGAGGUUGAGAGGUUGAGGAGGAAGGACAGUAAGGUUCAGUGGAAUGAAGGUUCAAAACCCGACAGAAACGUGGAGGUUGUUACCCUGAAUGGAAAUGUUGAUGGAGACAUUGACAAGAAGACGUGGGAAUCCGAAAUGUGAUAUGUUUUAUCAAUUACAUGAACAUGGAGAUCUUUAUCUCUUCGACAGAAAAUAUUGAGUUGCUAAAAUCACAAACCCAUAUGCAUUCCAAAUUGUACAUUCUUUACGACCAAAAUGCACAUGAGCAAUAUGACCAACGGCAUACUAGUAAACGCUACUCGUCAAAGGAUUUAAAAAAAAAAAAAACGUAUUGAAAAGUUAUUGAAUAAUAUCAACAUGAUCAUCAAUAACUAACGCUUUUGUAUUCGCACCUUUUGAGAAAACAAUACAAAGUUUUGUUAUCAAAACAUCAUUUACAAGACAAGAAAACUCAGAAAUAUGUUUAAGAGAACAGGAAGAUAAUGAUUAGGGAAUAUAUUAAAAUUCGCGUUCAGAAAAGGAGGCUGAUUGGACACAGCGUCCCGUUGCUAAAUUGAAUUGAGAUUUUAAAGUGUGAUCCAUUUUUCGAUUGUUAAACCCAAAUGUGCAGAUAUAUGGCGAAGUGAAUUGGAAAAUAAAAAUAUAUAUACAAUUGUACUUGCGAAUGAUACUUUUUUUUUAUUUGGCCCCUUUCCUGUCAACAUAAUAUGUUUCUGAAUGUUACCCAUAAUAGCAUUGGUGGUGGUCCCCUUGGGGGAGGGGGCGGGGCACUCUCUCAAUUUUCAAUUUUGUACAGUAGCGUAUGAGAGAGGGUUGCUUUGCCACCCCUCCCCCUCCCCAAGAUGAGCAAAAAUCUAACGAUACUUUCCUGAAUAAUAUGUUUUCAUAAGGCGUGUUGACAGAAAUCACCCGAAACGAAACACUCUCGUGUAGUAUGUCUUGUUGUCAUUGUUGUGUUUAAUUUAUAGAUAAAGGUAAACAAACACAUGAAUUAAAAAUUCGGUGAAAGUAUAAAACCAAAAGCUUAAAUUUUUGUGUCACGAGUAUUCACUCAAACCAUAAGCACGUUUUUUUAUAUACUGGUCUGAACUAGCCCGUUACCGGGGGUCCAGACUCCUUGAAAUGCCAUGCAUGUCUUUCUGUUUUGCGAUGAAAAAAACCAUCCUAUUCAUUCAUCCAUCCAUCCAUGCAUUCAUUUUCCUUUUUUAGUCAUCCACAUCUCCAUCUAUAAUUUCUGACAAAAUUUCCUUCAAUCCUUGCUCUUCCUGUAUCUCUGAUUCCUUUUCCCAACCACCCUUGUUUUAGAAGUUAUCGACUUAGAUAUUUUACCUGACUGGAAGAAGGGAUAAAUGCUUGUUGGUAAGCAAUCACACGACGAAUAACUGAAUGUCAUUAUCCAAGAGACCUGGUUCGUGGGAUUAAUGCCUUGCAAAGAACACUUCUAGGCCUACUUAUUAGUAAGCAACCAGAGGCCCCACGACUUAUUUAAGACCCUCCAAGGGACCUUAUUAUACAAAGAUAAACGUCUUACCAGCCGGGCGUAUUAGCAACAUCUCGAUUUUCAGUUUGCUCAAGUUCUCUUUAUCUGUAUCAUUAAUACUACAAACAAAAACUCAGCAAGCGAGACAACAGCAACAUUCUACUGGCCCCUAUAACUUUAAUCUUUUCAUAAAUGAUAAAUAUAGACAUUUACGAACAUAAUAAAACGAACACCUAUUUUCGAAUGGCCAGACAGAACUAUAUUUUAACAGAGUAUAUCUUGAUAAAAUCAUUUAGCAUAUAUAUAGGAACCCGACACCAUAAAUACAGUAAUUCAUUCUAAAUACUGAUAUAAAUCGAUUUCAUAUUUACAUAAUGAUUACGUGCGAUCCAGCUGCUUUGCGUUACCUGUAUACAAUUACACAAUCGCGUUCAAUCAAACGCCUAAAAUAUAAGUAGGCCUGAGGCCCACUUUUUUAAAGGUCGUUAAAAAGUGUUUUGUCAUUGUUGAUUAUCUUCUCUUUUGGAUAGAAAACAUGCCCUCAUUCCUCGUGGUCAAUAUAAGGUCAGCCCUCCCUGCUUGAAAGAACACAGUGUGUUCACAGUGUGUUUACAGUGUGUUCACAGUGUGUUUACAGUGUGUUCACAGUGUGUUUACAGUGUGUUUUCAGUGUGUUCACAGUGUGUUUACAGUGUGUUCACAGUGUGUUUACUGUGUGUUCAGUGUGUUUACAUUGUGUUCACAGUGUGUUCAAAGUGUGUUUCACAAUGUGUUCACAGUGUGAUCACAGUGUGUUCAAAGUGUGAUCACAAUGUGAUCACAGUGUGUUCACAGUGUGGACUAUGUGUGGACUAUGUGAAAAUACAACACUGUUACAAUGCUCAAAUUCAACAGUGUGUAUAGUAUUUUCCCACUGUGGAAACCUCGGCAGUGUGACUGUUCACAGCGUGUUCACAAUAUGUGAAUAUGUGAUUCACACUACUGAAAUAAUGCUGAAAUUUAA